AUGAAGCUCCAGCUCACCACUCUCGCCGCCCUCCUCCUGCCCCUGGGCGCAUGGGCCAUCCCAACUGCAGAGGCAGCAGCCGCCCCAGCCCCCGUCGAGGAGGUCGUCUCCGUCCCCGUAGAGGCGCGCGACGUCUCCCCCGAGGCUCUCGGCCUGGUGAAGCGCAGCAGCGUGACCUGCAAGAUCGUCAAUUCCAGCUCGUCGACUGUGAACUGCCGGUCUGGACCGGGCUUCGACUACGCCACGACCUACGUUGUGAACGUGGGUUCGUCGUAUGUGUUUAACUGCUACAAGUCCGGGGAUUGCUAUGAAGGGAACUGCACUUGGCAGAGGAUCUCGUGGGACGGAAAGUCUUGCUAUGUUAAUGGGUAUUAUACUGAUAGUCGGUGCACCGCUGAGGGUGGCUCUUGCUCGGCUCUAGCUGCGUCUGUCUCUGGUGUGGAGGUUGUUGCGUGA